AUCAUGACUAUUUAUUAAAGAGCUCGAUUGCUGUGUUUCCAUUGGUUAAUCUGAUAGUGCUAAUUACUCUGCAUAAUUUUUUUCCAAAGUACACAUUCCAACACGACUUUGACCGGCAUAUAAUAGUAAUGCGCAAAAUAAUUACAGCAAAAGUAAAAAGAAAUUACGGUAAGGCGCCUGUUUUAGAUUUGUUUGAUUUGAAUUGUUCAAACGCUUUCUGGAAUUUGAAAGAUAACAGAUAAUAUUCAUUUGAAUUAUCAGCUCACUUCGUUUUUAUUUGAUGCUAUUUAUUUAACUGUAAGUUGAAGUGACUUGAAACUUUUUGGUAACAAUCAUGGAUAUUGUGAUAAAGUUAAACAAUCAAACUGCAGGGAGGGACAGACUAAUACGAUUGCUGCAAUAUGGAUGUCGUGCUUCUUCAUACUAUGCAGAAAAUACACAUUGUACAAAACAGGUAGAAAUUUUGAAGAGUUUGGAAUUUACCUUCAGUUCAUUCCGAAGAUUACUGCGCUUUGGAAGAUGUUUGGACAGUUUAUAUCAAGCUUUGGAAAUGACAAAAUAUUCCGAGCUGGUGGUGAGGAUAACAUUAACUAUGGCAAAGUUAACAAAUGCGAUGUAUCUACUGGCAGAUCAUCUGAUCUGGAUAGGCAGAAUGGGUAUUAUGCAAGUGAAUCUGACAAAGUGGAACAGAGCUGCAAAUAGAUACUGGCUAGUGAGCAUUAUUAUGAAUUUAGCAAGAGACACUUACGAAAUCGUUAAGAUUUUCGAGCAGGAGCGAGUGUGCUCACGAAUGCAAAGUUGCAAUACACUUAAAUGGAAUUAUAUACCAUUCUGUCUGAAACUACACAAGACAGUGGUAUUGGACACCAUUAAGAAUGGAUGCGAUUUAUUUAUUCCAUUAACAGCGUUGGGUCAUGUGAAAUGUACUUCGGGCACAGUAGGUAUAUUUGGCAUAAUUUCCUCGUUAAUCGGUUUGUACACGAUCAUUGACCCGUAUUCUAAGAUAUGCCCUUCUUAGUAUUGGGAUGGAGUAUUUUCUAAUAUAUAUAUACAGGGUAUCUUUCUAUAACGAUACAUAAACUCUCGUGUACAUGAAUGUAAAUGAAGCCAAACUGAACAAAAGUUUCAUGUAAGAUUCCGAGUUAUUAAUUAAGAAAGAUUGGCGAAUGAUACGCGCAGAAUACGGUACAAGAUGUGACAGUAAGUAUAUUUUGCGUUGCGUGCUUGUAAAUUAGGCCAAGCUGCACAAAAAGUAUUAUUUUGCAAAUAACUACAUAUAUUUUUGAGUUAUUAAUUCAAGGAGAAAUGGUGAAUAAUCACGCACGAUCGUUUGCAGUCUCUUUUAAUUAAUUAAAAAAGUUGUAUGUCAUUGUUUGCAAAAUAAUAAAGGAACUUUUUCUUCAGUUUAAUCUACACAUACACGGGAGUUUUGUAUAUAUAUAUAUAUGGUCGAACUAUACUUGUAUAUGGCAGUGUAUAUGUAUAUAGUCAAACUAUACCUGUAUAUGUCAUCGUCAGACUGCAUCUGUAUAUGUACUAAGGUUCCUGUGGCAAUGGUAUUCUGUAAAAUAUUAGCAAUACUUGGCGAUAUUUUUGUAUAUCCUAAAUUUAAAUUGUUAAAAAGUAUCACUUGCGAUAACUACAACGAUGACACAUCAGAUCGAUAUUAUUCAACAUUCCGGGUAAUCGUGCAGAGUAUUACAUCAACUUAGUACUAGUCCUGACUCACAAUAGGUGUGGUAAGUUUUUGUUGUAAGGCCAAACGUAAUUUCUAGCAAAAGACCGCUCUGUCAGUAACACUUAAAAUUAUGGAUUACAAUUGGUAGUACAAAAAACAUGUUUUGCCAGAAAUUGUUACAUUUUUUACUUUUGAACAAAAGAUUAAACUUACUACAGCUAUUGUGUGGACUUAACUGGACGUAACUGAUACCGUUCAAUUCGAUGUUCUAUAAUAAUCGAGUUAGUGUCAAAUACCAAUGAUAAAAUAUACCCUUGUUGGUUCGUUACUGUCUCAAAGAUUUUUGUAUUUGAAUUAUCUAGAAGAUACUAAAUGUUUUUAUAGUAUUAAAAGUUUGUUUAUUAAAGUUAUUAAAAUCUUACUAAAGUUAUUUAUCAAAAACAAUUUAAUAAAUUUAUUAAAUAAAUCAAAUUGGACGAAAUAUCAUAUUAUCGUAAUAUAAGAAUGAAACUGACUAACUACCGAACUAAUGAUUGUAAAAAAUAAUAAUUUCCAAUUUGCAUUUA